UAAUAUGUGUUAAGCAGUGAAUCGUGUGUUUCAUGUGAUUUCACUGUUUAUUAUGUACUCUAAUAUAUGUAGUGUUUUAUGCAUUGAAUGACAUAAACAUUGAAUAACUUGAGUAUCGAUUGAAUUAAACGCCUAUCGACUGAACCAUUGAUUUCUGUGAACAUAUCAAACAACUGAUCCAAACAACAAUAACCUAAAGAGUUAUUCAAAGACAUGGAAGAAGUGGAUAACAUUUUGAUACAACAGUUACGAGAGAUCGGAUGUGAUAUCGAUAGCGAAAUAAAUGGUAUCAAAGACCUGGAAGUCUAUCAGAUUAUGUCGUGUGUCUGUCAUUGCAUUCAAAUUAUUGACCAAAAUUACAGUACAAACGAAUUAAACUCAAAACAAAUCAAUCACUCGAUGAAUAUGUCCAUCAAAUACAAGAUUGCCACACAAUUGGCCAACAUUUGCAAACAAAAGUUAGGCUAUAAAACAGACAUCGGUUACCAAACAUUUCUUUACGGCAAUGAAUCUGAUAUCAGAAAAUUGUUUUUGUUUUUAUUGGAAAGACUGCCCAAAGAAGAGGAUGAAAGUCGUAUAUCAUCGGUUAGAACCAGUGAUGGUAUCAGAAGUCGUCUCAAGAAAAUGUAUAACAACACCGUUUGGUUACCACCGAUGAAAGACAGUGAUUCCAAACCGGAUGCCAAUGCCUGGUGUGUUAACACAACAAUCUCAAAAUCGGUUAACUUUAAGCCAAUCUUAAUGAACAAAUUGGCACCAAAUCGACGAAAAUAUUACGAUAAGUGUCUUAAACUUCCAAAUACUAUACCGUCAAUAAUGGAGUGGAACUGUCUAUAUCUGGACAGUGAGGCUACAGAUAAUCAAUUGUUUGUAAAAUCUAAAAAAGUAUCGAUUGAAUCGUUAUUAAGUGCCAAUCAAAUGCCAUAUCAUAUUCAAAAUAUUUCUAACAACACAUCCAUUUCUAUAGUCACCGGUGAUGUUAUAUCUGUAACCGAUAAGAAUGAGAUUCAAAAAUCUAACGAUUUGUCUAAAGAAGAAAAAUAUAAACAGAUUAUUGAAGAUCUGGAAUCCGAAUUGAAAUCUUUGGAAAAAGAUAUACAAAAACACAAAAAGUUUGAGAAUAAGGCCAAUGAAUAUGAGAAUCAGUUGAAAGACGAGAUCAAAAAGUUACGUGAAUUAGAGGCCACGGAUAAGUCGAGUCAAGAAUUAAUAACACAAAUCAAUGACACGAAACAAGAGAUAGAAAUGUUAUCACAUAAAUGGGUUGAAGUCGAAGAUGUUUUGUCUAAUCAAUUAAAACAAUUAACAUUAGAGUCAAACGCCAAGAAUGCCAGACAUACGGCACUACAGAGUAAGUUAAAUGAUUUGAAGAAAUCGAUAAACUCGAAGAUAAAAGAGAUUAAAGCAAAAGAGUCGUUAGUCAAAGAAUUAACUGAAAAAGUGCCUCAAGAGUGGCCACCGUCGCGAAGUUCAUACACCAAACGUAUUCUUGAGAUUGUGACAAAUGUUAAGAAACAAAAUGAAGAGACAAAGAAAGUGUUAUUAGAGACAAGAUUUCUGCAAAAAGACAUCAAUAACUUGUCGGGAAAGUUGUCGCGAACUUUUACCGUUGCAGAUGAAGAGAUAUUUAAAGAUGCAAAACAUAAUGAAUGGAACCGAAAGUGUUAUAAACUGUUGGCCUCAAUGCACGAACACUGUGACCAACUUCUCGAAUCGGUUUCGGCCAUCGGUGUCAUACUUCGGGAGAUCAGACAAUUAGAAGAAUCGGUCGAAACUGAGAGAUCGGGAAAAACGGCGUCUAAUUUAAGCCGAAUUUUGGCCGAUUUGGAACAAAUUAGAUUAGAAAACAAACAGUUGACCAAACAAUUAGGCCAAACAACAACAAUAUAAGCUAACUAUUAUUGAUAUCAUAAUUAGGACCACAUUAUCAAGUAUUAAAUAAUAAAUGUUUAUUUUUAAUAAUAUAAUAAUAAUAAUAAUU